CAGGAAGAAUAACGUUCGUUUUUCACCUUUUGUAAUAUUAACGAAACCUAUAUUAUAAACACUAAUCAGUGUUUUUAUUUUCUUUACUUGCAGGAAAAUACUCGGGAGUCAAUUUUCUGCGCCAGGAGAUACAAGAAUUGCAGGACCUAAACUUUAACGAAGACCAGUAAAACUGUUAGACCCAAAGACUAGACUCCCGCACACUUUAAAAGUUGAUUACGUGGAAUAAACGUGUUCGGUUUUCAUUACUCGUGUAUCUGCUGUUUUGCUUGUUACACUUUGUGAGUCUGUAGUGAGAAGUAAACGCAGAAAGUCUAGCAGCUAAAUCAUACCGGUUUCUGUAGAGUCGUACUAUGGCAACUAAUAUUAAUCUGCACACUACAUUUCUGGAAGUUAAAAAUAACUUUGAGAAUUACUUUGACACAUUCAUCAAUCUAUUGCAUCAAAACCAUCCGGAAAGUCUUGGAUUAGUCAAAAAGCAUGUUCAAGAUGUAGCGUCGUAUAACUUAAGUAGUGGAAAACGAAUUCGAGGUAUACUAGUUGCACUAUCCUACAUCGUCUUCAGUAAAGAAAACGAUUAUGCAAAGGAAAAGUUAUCUUUCGCUUACGUCAUUGGUUGGUGUAUUGAACUGUUCCAUGUAGGAUAUCUUAUUUUGGAUGAUAUAAUCGAUAAUUCUGCACUAAGACGUGGUCAACCCUGUUGGUAUCGAACACAGUUGGACUCGGGUCGUGGACUAAUUGGUGUCAACGAUGGCUUACAUUUAAUUUUAUCAUCUAAAUAUGUGAUCCAUUCUAUAUUUGCACAAAAUCAGAAUGGUAAUAGUCUACCUGUAUGGAAGAGUAAAAGUGAUGUAUAUCUUAAUUUAUGCAAACAGUUUGAUGAAAUUAUUUACAAUACCUGUUGUGGUCAGUGUCUGGAUAUAUUAUCAUCCAAUCCAAAAAAUUUGUGUACGCAUGACAGUGAAGAAUUAGAUCAAUUUUUGCAGAAUUAUUCAACGCCUAAUUUUGAAGCAAUAACAUAUUGGAAGACUGGAUUUUACACUUUUUAUCUACCUGUUGCCUGUGGAAUGAUUUUGGCAGAAGUUGAAUCACAUGAUGUUUUCACCGAAGUUCAGCAUAUGCUUCUGCAAAUGGGUAAAUACUUUCAAGCACAGGAUGAUUAUUUAGAUUGCUUCGGUGACAGUGAAAUUACAGGAAAAGUAGGCACUGAUAUAGCAGAAGGCAAAUGUUCUUGGCUGAUUGUGGAGGCUUUGAAACAUCUUUCAACUGAUCAGCUUAAAAUACUUCAGCUUCUAUAUGAAUUUCCGAAUGAUGAUAAAGAAUGUCGAUAUUUGGCGACUUACAGUGACAAUCUGAAGAGAUCGGCAAAAAUGACUGGUCCCAAAUCCUACAACCGUCUAGCAAAACAACCAUAACUUUAUUCUGCGACUCGUCCUGGAUGACAGUUGUGGAACUUUAAUUUUAUACCAAUAGAUAAAUCCCAAUCACCAUCUGUGCAGCACCAUUUAAUCUGGCAAUUCAAUAAAUAACGAACAUAUGCUGAUGGUUGCAUUUAUUACCUCACUGACUUGUGUGGUGAUAAUUUCCAGCUCCGGCGAAGGAAAAGUAUCAUAUCCAAAGUCAAGAUCUUCCAGAAGCUGACCUUCAAGGACCGAUCGGAUACAGGGAUUGCCUUGAAAUGCCACUCCAAAUCAAACCAUGCCUGCGUUUUUGGACUUGGAGAGGGUAGAUACAGUAUUCCACGUAUUUACUUAUUCUGUAAAUCUAUUGUUGGGUAGGGUUACGGAUUUUAAAAUUAAGUCUCAAUGUCUACGAUUACGUUUAGGGUUAAAGGUAGGUUUAGGAGUUGGGAUUCUGGUUAAAAUUAGGAGUAGGUUGAAGAACAGUAUCAGAAAUAUCAAUAGAUCUCAAACUGCCGUGACCUAUAGUCACCUGGAUGAUUGCAUAUAUCCCACAUGGUAUGAUUUCUCUAGAAGUCAUCUGUGUAGUGACUGAGAGACACUCUUACAACACGUAAGCGGCGACUAUGUAGUGUAAUAUCAUGUUUGCAAUGUUUUCAGUGCAUUUUUCAACGCUUUUGCAUCCGAAUUCUGACCGGUUGUUCAAGGUCACUGUGUUUUUCGCUUUGACAGUUUAACUUCGCCACAGCUCCCUAAUGCUCUACUUGUCACAUUAUAUGGAUUAGUUUGCCAUUAUUCUGGUUCCUAGCCGCGUAUGGACUAAAAAUUUUCUGUUGCUGUUUACUGUUGAUGUAAUAAUACUUUUUUGUACGUUUGACUGGACACUUAUUGACUUAGUGAGAUGCUGGCAGUUAUAAUUGCUAAUAACAUUGUUACUGGUAAACUGACUGACGUUUUAAAAUACAAUUUUAUCAUUUAAUGAAUAAUCUACUGUAGUGCCGGCCUUCAAACAACGAUUUGAAGCAGACUGCAAAGCUCACGUUAGCAGGGUGAUCACACAAGCAGGCGCGUGCUAGUAGGCACGAAGACUCAAGAUCAAGGAAUAUAUUUUCAACAAAUCAUAUUACAAUUAGAUGAAAAGGGAAGAAUCUUCAUAUGGGUUGUCCAUCUCGUCGUCUUGAGAGACCAAUCCAUCCACGCCGCGCAGCCAACCCGAAAUCAGACAAGCAUACAAUUUAAACAUAAGUCAACCUCCUGACUUACUACACCUUACACUACCAUGCCUAUUGUAACAAGCAGAGCAGCAGGCACACAGACAAUGGAAGAAGACCACGAGCUGUGUAGAGGACACUUACUCCACAAGAAUCAAUUUUCAAAAGUGGGGCAUCCAGUCUUGCAGUCUAACAGUUUUCGUUGUCUUCGUCAAGGUUCACAACUUGCAGUUGUCAUAUUUCCUGGUCCAGAUAGUUGACCCCCGAGUGUCAUCCUGCAAGGAAAGGAAGUAAAACAUUGAUAGGUGUUUAUCAUAUAGACUUAAGUUCCGUUACACUACCUCCCUUUUUCUGGAGGCACUGUCCUCAGCACCAGAUGGAGGAACUGGGUGUUAUGCACCCCCAGCAGCUGGAACUUCAUAUUGGCAGGUGGCGGCGCGUCUGGGAGAGGAAGAUUAUUGGAGGGGAACGUGCGAUGAAGUUUAUGUUGAUUUUAGCAAGAAUAACAUCGGCACUCGUCUGCUGAAGGUUUUUCAGGAUGUAAGUAGUCUGUGAGCAUGUCCGCACCAUUUCGAAAGGCCCUUGCCACGGGGAGCAGAGUUUUCAGAAAAGUCUAGGGCGACGUUGAAGUCAAAGCUAAUCGCCGACACAGUAGACUGGGCGACGAACAAAACGAUCCUACACAUUCUUCGGAUGAUAACGUGGUGACUGUUGUUGAGUGCGCGCCAGUUCAUAAGUGACUGCCAAAUGGUUGCGUAAUUCCCCAACAUAAGCAAUAUGGUGGGUUUGUUCAAAGGGUGAGGCGGGUACUUAAGCUUCAACAGGGUGACGUAAUUCAUGACCGAACAUAAGUAACGCAAGAGAGAUACCUGUGGAUGAAUGGACGAAAGAGCGGUAGGCAAGGAGUCAUUUAGGUAGUGUAUCGUCCCAGACGUCGAUUGACAUGCAGCUGAGAACUGCUUGCAGUGUGUUUUUAUUUAUUUAUUUUUUUUAUUUUUGAUCACAGCUUGAUGCCACACCGUAUUUUCAGUACAAGUAUGGCAUUUUCAGCAUGGAUAUCGGUAGCCCAAAUUUGCAGGCCGACCAUAGAUAUCGGGUGUGCGUCGGCAGGGGAUCGAUCUUGAUCGCUCACUGGAUACUAACACCAGUGCUCAGGUGAUAGGGAUGUCCACUUACAGGUUACGCCUGGCGGACAACUGCGAGUAAUUUCAUACGCUAGCCAGGCCCUGGAGGACAGAGGAACACGGUAUUCUGCGACUCGCCAUGAGAUACUGGCAUUCUGGCCAACGUGCUGCUCUAGAGAGCCGACUUAUCCAUCACAUCUGCAGCGUAUUUGGUAUGAAGAAGAUCCACACGACUGCCUAUCAUCCAGAGUGAAACGGCUUGGUGGAACGUACUAAUGGCACGAUCAAGAGUACACUGCGAGUUUUUAACAAUAAUAGUAAGUUUACACUUAUUUUGAACGGGUAAGUUUACAUGAAAUGCUUGCCACUUUUACAGGCAGGACUAGUUAUGUUAUAAAUUACAAUCGUGAAUUACCAUAAAUUAGUACUUUCUCAAAAGUUUAAAUUUAAGCAAUUAGAACAUGUUCGUAUAAAUUUGAAGCUGUAAACCCUCCAUUGAGGUCACCAUUAAGGUUGAGCGCCAACCAAAUCUUCGUUUCGUUUCCUGCUGAUAGUCGUAGUCAAAAAAUGAACAGCAUAUAUUUGGGUAAGUGCUAUACCUCCACGUGAUUAAAGGCUAUUUCAGGAGGAGGAGAACGUCUUUGGAAGCUGCAAAAUGGUAUAAAAUAUAAUUGUGAAUAAUGGAUCUUUGAAAGUACAUUAACAAGAUUAAUACGAGAAGGAGCUUCAGUCCUUGCAAUGUAUAGUUCUAACUAUGUUGCUCUUACCAUGGAAACUAUGACUUUUCCGACGGAAAUAUGGCUUUGCUCAAGCAUUAUAGUUUUUUUUUUCAUCAGAGCAAACAGACUUAAAGCGAGCGAAGAAUGUGAAUGAAAAGAGGGCAAAGUUUCAAUAAUAGCGUCCCAAGGACGCGAACGCAUGAGUGACUUUGAGCCGACCAAUCAUAAAAAUGAGGAAUUUUUGCACAAAAAUGACGGAUACUUACAAGAAAAUGCAUGGAAACACAUUAAACAGGGUAUCUUUCUCUGAUAUGACUUAGAAAUACGUCCAAGUUAUAAUGAGGAGUAUCAGUUGCUAAGUUAGACUGGUUUCUGUGCAUGUAUUCACCGAGGUGACUGAAGAUGAGCUGUUUUUGUGAAUCGUUUAUCUCUCUUAUUCUGUUGUGCAGUCUUCCCCAAAAGCCCUCGGUUGAAUUACUAUGGUUUGCAGUAAGAGGAUCGACGACUACUUACCAGGAAAAUGUGGAUGAUAAAACAAAUAAAAAUAAAUUACAUCAACUCUAAAUCUAUCCCUAAUCGUAACCCUAACCUUAAUCCUGACCCUAACACUAAACCUUAUCCUAACCGUAAACCAAAAUGACAAAGUUAAACCUUAUGCACCACUAUCUACCAAUCAGUGAAUGACCUUGACGCACGCGCCAAUCAUAUGAAGGAGACACUUUUGGUUAUUGAAAACAUAUAUUUCUGAAAAAAAUUCAUAUAAGCUGCAUAAAACUAUUUCAUCGGGUACCUUUCUCUGGAAUGUGGUAAAAAUAUCUCCCAGUUGAGCAUAAGAGCAACAGUUGUAAAGUUACACCAUAUUUGAUGCUUAUAUUAAUCUAAGUGAUUAAAAAUGACAAUUUUGAGGUCCAUUAUCCUGUAAUGGAAUCCACAAAACCAUCAGAAUGGUUCACUCUGAGGUGAAUAUAUCCAAGGGAUAAUACCUUUUCAGUCAUCCAUGUGUACGAUGACACUUUCUCCUUCUAAUAACAAAGUAAUUCUCUCCACUUUUCAUGACGCGAUGUCUCUGCAGCGCUGGUGCCACUGAACUGUUGAUAGAAGACUAUUUUCGCAGUUUCAGCAGCCACACCUAUCACAGGCUGUUUUAAAACCCAGUAACUACAAAUAUACAAAAUAUGGGUUGAGGAAAAGUUGGAUCUGGCAAAAAAUGUUCCUUCCCUGACAUUUGACUCGAAUCAAGCGGAACAGAACCUUCAACUCACAUGGAUGAAACUCAUUGGGGCAUUCAAGGUCAUCCAUUGAUUGAUAGUUAGUUGUGCUUAAAGUUUAACUUGGCCCUAAUUCUAAUUAUGACCCUGAUCCCAACCCAAACACAAUACUCACCCUAACCCUAACGAGCUAUUAACAGUACUUAAAAACGUGAUCUAGGUGAAAUUUGCAUCCUGGCUGGUGAAUAGCGUUGAUAUUUUAGUUAUGAUAAUGACAGGUGCCGUUAGCAUGCGUCGGUGGCACAGUGGUUAGGACUGUCGCCGACCAUGCACAUGGUCCGGGGUUCGAUCCCCUGCCGGCGCACACCCGAUAUCUAUGGUCAGUCUGAAUUUGGGCUACCGAUAUCCAUGCUGAAAAUUCCAUACUUGUACUGAAAAUACGGUGUGGAAUCAAGCUGUAAAUCAAAUAUAAAAAAAAUACAAAUAUAAAAAGGUCAUUGGAACGUUCGCACUCCUGGGACGCUAUUGUUGAACUUAGCCCAGUUUUGUUUGUUCCUUCUUAUGUACACCGAAUUAUGUGAAAACCUAGUCACUGUAUGUAACCAACUAUUUAAGUAUAAGUGUAAUUAAGUUGAUAUAUUCGACACUUCACAAACUUUUUACACACCCAUUAUCCCUUAUAUUAUUUGACACAGAGCCGUUAUUCAAAAUGUAAACGUUCAUUUUCCAACCGUAAGGAUUACUGCAUUACUUAUUAUAAAAUACUUUCUUCAUUUCAGGAUACUUCCAUGAAUCUACUCGAUGAUGGGUAACUGGCGUAAUUAAGAAAUCCAUCCAAUUAAAUAAACUCUUAAUCUACUUGUGUAUAUAAUUAGUAAAUUCGAGCUGUGUAAUACUUAUAACGCAGUAAUCUGAGGAAUUGUUCAAGAGCACUUAAAUAUAAAUUGUCUGUAUUGAACAAGUUUUUUUAUGCCUAUGGCUUAAUUCGAUCCUAAUACAAUUGUGUUUCCUGUCAGGUAUUAGAGUGGGAAUUAGGCUUUUAUUAGGAAAAGUUAAGGACCAGGAAAUGAGAGGUUUUGCGGAAAUAAAGCGAGAAACGUGGACAUAAUGACGAAAAAAGCGUAUAAACACUACAUAAAAAG